GGUACGAGUGCAGGUCAAACCAGGUCAAGCAUAAGAGCAAAUAUGGCGGCUUCCGGGUAAUGGAAUUUCUCUCUGCCUUUUUGCUCUGCUCAUUCGCGUUAAUUGUCUGCAUUUUUCAUCGGAUCGUAUAGAGUCAAAAUGAUCAGCCGGGUGCGGAAUGUCGUGAACUCGGUGAUGGGUGGGCUGGCAGCGCUGCCUCAGCCUCCAGAGCGCCCACAGCCCGACGAUCUCGAGCUGAAGUAUCCGUACUGCCGGCCCGAGUUCUUACAGCUCUCGCAAGACGAAAUCCAAGUGUCGGCAGACCAUGUUUCCCGCCCGAUCAUGGUUCCCAGAGAACCUAACAGGCUCCCUUGGAGUGCGGGAUAUGCAGAGGUGAUCAAUGCAGGGAAGAGCCCCAGGAACGAGGACCAGGCAGCCACAACACAGCUCUGCAUCAGUCGGCCUGCCAGGACUUCCAACAGGAACACCAACAAGGCCAACAACAAGGGCAACAACGGCAACUCUGGGGAGGACAACUUGCAACAGGAGGCCAUGACUGAGGAGACUGAGGAGAUGGAUGAGCUGCAUUUUACCUACUUUGGAGUGUUUGACGGACAUGCAGGGACAGGAGCAGCCAUCAUGGCAUCACGCACACUUCACUACCAUAUAAGGGACAAGAUGGCAGAUGUGAGUGAACUUCUCCUGCCCGUCACGUAUGAAGACCAGAACCACCCAGGGUCAGGCUCCAACCAUGGGUCAGGCUCUGGCAAACCUUCCAGCAGGGUCAUCACUAAAGAACAUCUCAUCAUAGGGGCUUUGGAGAGAUCCUUUUGUGAAAUGGAUAGCCAGAUAGAAAGAGAAAGAUUGACGUUCAGAAUAACGGGCGGCUGCACGGCCCUGGUGGCUGUGUUUGUGCUGGGGAAACUCUUCUUAGUCAAUGCUGGAGACUCAAGAGCAGUUCUAUGUAGGAAUGGGGAGGCCAUCCCAAUGUCCAGAGACUUUACUCCUGAAUCAGAGAGGCAAAGGCUACAGUACUUGGCACACCUGCACCCCCACUUGUUAUCCAACGAGUUCACUGCGCUGGAGUUCCCCCGCAGGCUGCAUAAGACUGACCUGGGCAAGCAGACGUUGUACAGGGACCACACCAUGACUGGCUGGGCACCAAAGACUGUUACAGAAGAUGACUUAAAAUUUCCGUUAAUAUUUGGAGAAGGAAAAAGGUGCAGAGUUUUAGCCACAAUAGGCGUAACUCGAGGAUUUGGGGACCACGAUCUCAGGGUUUAUGAUUCUCACUGUCAAAUCAAGCCAUUCCUGACCGCAGCACCUGAGAUCCAGACAUACGACAUGCUGGAGCAGCGGUUUGGUGAGGAUGACUUCCUCAUCAUGGCUUCUGAUGGCUUGUGGGAUGUGGUGGCCAAUCAGGAUGCGUGCAAUGUGGUGUUAGAUGCACUGACACAAUUUCACCCUCAGGACCCCAAUAGAUACACCUCCGCAGCCCAGGAGCUGGUGAUGCACGCCCGCGGCACGCUGCAGGGGAAGGGAUGGCGACGCCCUGCGGAGGACAAACCCGCCUCUGGGGACGACAUCACCGCUUUCAUCAUCCCGCUGUAUCACUAUGGCAACCAGCACCUGUCCAGCCCCACAGUGUUAUCUGAGUCGGAGGAGAGUUCCACCAGGGAGAUGGAGACGGAGACAGAAGCAGAGGCCGACCCUGGUCCCGACUCGUUAGAUCCAUGAAGCAGCUAUAUAAUACUUAUAGCUUCUCCGGGGAAAAACUUGGUCAGCAAUAACGUACUGAACGAAAAGCUGUUUCUUAGUGUUAACAGGUUUGUAGUUACCAAGAACAACCACUGAGAGCUGACUGUUUCUUUUUUUCUUACAGACAAUCAACUUGCAACCUGGACCAUUGUUGGGAUGGUACAUACUUGUACUUGUAUCUCUCUGAUCACUCUUGUACAGUACAAUUUACAGUGAUAUUCAGUCAAACGAAUUACAGGGUAGAAAUUUCUCACUAAGAUCACAAUGUUGUCAAGAAAAAAAGUUAAUAAUCAAAUAGUUGCAUUCUUACUGGUGUCUAUUAGAUUGUGCUUGAGUGUCAUUCAGAAAACCACUAUCUUGUAUUUAAUAGUUGGUGUCAUAAAUGUUUGUGUGCAUCUGUGAUGUAUUUUGUGCUUUAUGUGUUCUCCAUACAUGUAUAUUAUAGCACAAAAGACAUGUGCAAGCCUGCAAGGGAUAUGUACAAUGUCUAUGUUCUUACAAGAAAGAACUGUAUAUAAUAUUAUAUAUGUAACAAAGAUGUUUACAAAGAAUCCUGUGCAGAGAAAAGUUAAGUUAAUGCAAAAUUUUCUUUGUCCUUUUAUACUUUUGAAUUUUAAGCUUUCAUAGUUGGAAGACUACUAGUAAGUAGUCACCUUAUGAAAUAGAUUUGGUUCACUUACACCAAGGAGGUUUUAUUGCUUGCACUGAAAGCAUAGCUUAAUCACAGCCAGAAGUAGUGUUUGCGUUGUUUGAAAAUAUGCAAACAUGUUUCUUUGUACGACAACCACAUAAUCAGAAUGUAAGAUAGUACACACUUGUAACAUCAGGAAAACAUUGUACAAAAUGUACUUUGUGGAGGGUUUUGCAAAUAUUAUUUUACCCUUACCAUUUUUGUACCAUGUAUGGAAGCUGUUGCAAAAGGAAACAUUAGCUAGUCAUAGUCAGAUUGAGAAUGGUAAAAAUGAUUUUUGGCCACAAGCACAGGUUGAUGUAAUUAUUCAAUAGAUUAAAAUACAAUAUAGAUGUUUUCAAGAACACACAGCAUGCAAUAUCGUACUGUGUACAUGUCUAUGAUAGGUGUGCAAUGAUUGUUGGUAACUAGAAGCCAGCAAAUCUUUUUAAAGGAAAUACUUUUGGUGGCUAUUGUAUAGAACAUUCUUCAAAAUGUUCAAGUGUAAGCACAUUGUGAGAUAUCCUCCUCUAGACUAUGCAACUAUUCACUUGUAAUGCCCGUGUCUAUUCACUAUAUUGUGAGCCUCUUUUCUCUAGCUAUUUCUUGUUCAACUUCCCCUCCGGAUCCUGGCAUAUUCACUUUCUGCUGUUACUACAGUAACAAAUCUGGCCAUAUGUGACUACUCUGCACUGGUAAAAUUCACUUGAAAAAUGUCAUGUAUUUGACAAAAGCUUUUACUGUCACAAGUAUAUAUUUCACCUUUUGGCACCAAGCUUGAUACAGCAUGCUGUAAAGCACUAUUGCUGGUUCACUUGUAGAUUAGUUUUGUUGUUGAAGAAGUUCAUUGAAUCAAGGACUGGUAAAAAUAUUUUGUUAUAAAGCUGCUUCCAUAAUGUUGUGCAAAGGCAUUUGAACUGCAUGUAUAGAGUUGCAUUUGUGUCACACUAAAAAACUGCAACCAUAGUAAGGGUUGUACAAGUCAGUGUGCAUACCCAAAAAGUACUUUUGAACAUGUACAGUAAGAUACUAAGUCACUGCAAGAAUGAGGUAUGCAAGUAUGAGGUCUUAUUUAUUGUUCUAUGCACCAAUAAAGAAAGCACCAUUUUUAAUACUAAUAGCAUUUUUGUAUGUUAGUAUCAUACCUAAGCAGAUUUGUGUAUGUCUAGGACAUGACAACCCUAAUAUUAGAUAGAGAUAUUGGAUGUGCUUCUUUAAAUGCUUUUUUAAAACAGGUGUAUACCAAGAAGUAGGUUCCUAUCCAUGAAAUAUUGAGGAAUUUAAUAAUUACUUUUCCCUAAGGUUCACUUUGUUUCUUGGUGACAAUCUUUCUGUGUCAGAAAAUUUUGGUACAUGCAUAAAUUAUGGAGAACAGUGAUACAUGUCCAUGUUUGCAAUUUUGGUUGUGAUAAUACAAAUUAAUAGCCUCUCAGCAGUGUAGGAGACAUGUGUUGAAGGUCUUUCCAAAUUUUCAUAGACUUGAUUAUUGUUCCCUCAGUUUACUUUAUGUGAAUUGACAACAGAAAUGUUGAUGUUACUAGUUCUAGCUCAGGACUGUAGAUAUGAAAGAAUGUACAGACAAUUACAAGAUGAUUAUACAAGGGGACAAUCAGCUGUUUUUAUGUAUUGUUAUUUAUCUGAGAGCUGUGGAAAGGCGGGAAGAGGUACAUUUGUAUUUUCAAAUCGCAUGAAAUGGUGCAGGAGAGGAAUCACUGCAAAAUGUAAGCUUAGAAGAAAAAUGUCAAUGUAUUAUAUAAAUAUCGAAACAUCCCCGAUUUUGAACAUUUUUAACAAGAUAGCAUCAGACAUGUCUUACACCUUUUCAAAACCUUUAAGGGACAGGCAAGUCAUUUUGAAGAAGCUAUCAACAGCUAGUCUUAAAGUUCAAUGUUACAGCUAUUGUGCAAUGUAGUUAUAUGUUGAGCACCUUUCAUUUUACAGAAACAGUAUCUGUGUGGAUGGAAGCUCCGUCCCAAUGGCAACUCCUGGCAAGUGAUCAAAUUAUCCUGAAAUGUUUGGUAAAUUCUCACUUGUUCAGUAGCAACUAUUGUUGUUGGUAAUGAAAAAUUAUUCUUCAAACUGACUUUGUCCUGAAACAGGAGCAAACCUAAUAAUAGAGAGUCAAAGUUUCCUUUAUACAUAUUCACAAAUCAUUGC